ACUUAUCUACCAAACAUGGUACAAUACCUCAUUGAACAGAAGGGCUGGAAUCCUGCCGGACUAAAACAAAACUCAAUUGAUUCUCCUUGUGGAAUGAACACUCAGUGUAUGAUCCAACUCGGCAACACGAAUCUCAAGGUUGAUAGCAUCAUCUUACUAUUCAAUGGUCUAAGUUCACUUGUUCAGACUCUUUUACUGACAACCAUUGGUUCUCUGGCCGAUUAUGGCAACAAUGGACCUAACAUUCUGUUGGCUAUUACAGUUGUUUCAUGUACAUCUCAAAUAGUUUUCUUGGUUUUCAAUGAAACCUCAAGUGAUUAUUGGGGUUUAGCUAUGCUAGUCUGUCUGAUCUUCCAAGUGUCCUAUGGAGCCUCGCUUACAUUCUAUUGGGCGUAUUUCCCCAUUCUGGCAGCCAAUGACUCAAAGGUUCGGACUGCGCGCCAUGAAUUAGGGGUAGAUAGCCCAGAUUACCAAGUAAUAGAAUCUAUGAUGCGCAACCACAUCUCAACUGUAUCUACUGCAUGGUCCAACAUUGGCUUCUUUAGUAUCUCAAUCAUACUCAUCGGCACCGGGUUCGGUUUGGCUGCAGCUUAUCACACCGACUGGCAAAGUUUACCAGCAUAUUCGAAUUCGAUCUUUAGUGCCAUAUGUGGAGGUUACUGGCUACUAUUUUCGAUUCCAUGGUUUGUUUUCCAAAAACAUAGACCUGGUCCUCCCUUACCAGACGAAGCAAACUACUUGACAUUUGGCUGGAAAAGAGGCAAUUACUUUUUUCUUUCAUAUAUAUUUACAUGCACACUACCCCAGACAUUUGCCUACUUGAUUGGCUAUUUUCUCUUAAAUGAUGCCAUAAGUAGCACAAAUACUCUCACACAGAUAAUUUCGAACCGAAUCACCAAUUUCGAUGGUGUAUUGCAAACCUAUCUCAAUCUUGUCCAAUCAGUAUGUUCAAUCAUCGGCUGUUUUGUAUUCCUGUACGUCCAGAAGUAUCUUGGCUGGUCAGCAAAAACAAUGCUGCUGAUCUCUAUUGGUAUGACACUUCUGAUUCCGGUCUGGGGAUGUAUUGGCAUCAAAAGCUCGGUUGUUGGAUUUCGCCAGGUGGGUGAACUAUGGGUCUAUCAAGCCUGGUUUGGGCUUUUUACAGCUCCAUUCUACGCUUACUCCCAAACGAUGAUGUCAGAGCUUAUCCCAACAGGGCAUGAAAACAUGUUUUUUGGUUUGUUUGGUAUAACCGGAAAAUUAUCCCAAUUCUUCGGACCGCUCGUAGUCAGCAGUAUCACAGAAACUACCAAUGCUCGACAAGGGUUCAUCGUUUGCGCAAUCUGCCAAUUCCUACCUUUGAUUAUCAUUGGCUAUAUUGAUAUGCGCAGAGCCGAGAUGCAUAUCAGGGUUUAC